GACCUGAGCAUGGCGCCAGCAGCCUGGGGCGUGAACGGGCAUGUCGGCGGGGACCUUCUCUGUCCGACGCAACCGCCGUCCGAAAGCGUAUGCAUGUUCUACACCAAUCAAGGCGCUUGCUCGGUCAACAUGGAGGACACGCUGAGCGUCGACGCGGUCAUGGGCUGUAUCGCGCUCUUGGCAGUCGGGCCGGACGUCAACGUCACACGCUCGUGUGAUGAGAUGACGCUGGCGGCGUCGACGCCGUGUCGCACGUUUUUGGAGGCGACCACCGUGUUUCUACACGUGCGCUAUACGCUGGACGAACGUAUCGCGAUGGCGAGGGCGUCGACGGCCGUCGCAAAGUACUUCGCCAACGAGCUGCCCCUCGUACUGAUUCAGUUUGUUCAAAGAAACCGUACGACGACAGCGCUCGUGCCGGCCUUGGUCUUGGACCCGAACGACGUUGGGUUUCACGUGUUUGGGUAUCUUUACCUUCUCGAGUGGCUCGAUGGCGUGCGGGAAGUGGUGACCUUUCACGGUGUGUAUGGAACCAUCACUGCGCUCUCGGGCCGCAACGCUGUGCACAAAGGACCCAUCAACCCGCUCGAGCUGCCCAUCAACGUGGCCUACUACGCCCGCUGCGUGCUCCUCUACGUCUCGGGCGUCCUCUUCUUUGUCGUGUCGCUCGCUUGCGGCUACAUUAUCGGUAGUCGCGGCCACAUUGAAGGCAAGAAUAUGCUCGUCGUCAACCGUGUCACGGGCUUGGUUUGGAUUGGCCGCCCGCUCAUUUUCCUGCGCAGUAUCACGGCCAUCUGUCUUCUAUCGACCGCCAAGCUCGACUUGGCCGAGACCAAUGGCUUUUAUUACAUAGUCGCGAUACCGCAGUCGUGGUUCUCGACGAUCAUGGCGGCGGGCGAAACGACAUGGCUUGUCUUCAUUCUCAACGACACUUUUUCCGUCCUAACCCAGCAGUAUACGCCGCUGUAUGCAACGCCGAGCAGUGUGCUUGUCUGGGCCGCGUCGGCGAUCUGGUCACUGGUGUCGCCCGUCCAGCACUCGGCGAGUCUGCGACGGUCCUGCACCGCGCCAAUCAUCGACAUGCAGCUCGUUUGUGACAGCGGCAUCGUGCACAUCGGAGACCCCAAGCGCGUCACGGGGCUCAUCGGGCUCACGCUCGCACUAUUGUUUGGUACGUACCUGGUCCAGCGAGUGCGCUACCACGGUCGAGCCGAGAGUGGAGUGCGGUCGCACCUCUUGUACGUGACAGCCUACUACCACUUUGCCCAAGAAGGCUGGGUCCUCGACGGUGUCUACUGCAUUGAUCGCGUCUCGGCGGCCAUCAACGGCGUGCUCACACUGCGUCUGCCGCGGACGACCAAGACGGUGCUACUGGAUAUCAAGACGUGGCGCCUCUUUGAUGUCGACGCACCCCUCGCCUCGGAGAGUGCGCCGCACCUCCGAUAUGCCAUUCCACUGCAGUAAGCGAUUAUCUCAUUUUGUACAGUACUUGGGGUAGAUGAAAUACCGUACCGCCUAAUUAUUUUGUGCGUCCUUGCUGAAACCAACAGCAACCGUACAUGGACAUUC